CUUCUGCUGCGGGGUUGCUGAAAGCCUGAAACCGGAACUGCCGCACAAGGGACGGAGCAGGGCUUGUAGCCCGCUGAGGGUAUCACGGUGUCACUGAGCGGUUAGGCCUUUGCCGGCUGGACUUCUCCGGUGCGAGAACCUCCCAAGUUGGAGCCGAGCGGGGGUUCAAUGGCUCAAUAUCUUCUGCAUCUCGAUGAUCAGGGUCUCAGUCCCUGUUGCCGUCUUGAUCUGGACGGACAGCAGAUGGGACCUGGAACGGAUUAACACACCGCAUACGCUGAACUGUGCAUAAUUGGUUUGAUUGCAUUGAUUUCCUGAAGUUGACUCAAACUGGAGACCACUCCCCUGAAGCCGAGACAUCCAAACCACGCAAGAUGGCUGAGGCAAAUCCUAUCCGGCCUUGCAUGCUCAUCAAUGGAGAGCUGGUUGGAGCAUCAGAUGGCAAGACCUUUCCCGUCUACAACCCGGCGACGCGCGAGAUCUCGGCCCAUGUUCCAGAAGCCAGCGCCGAUGACACUAAUGCAGCCGUGGCCGCGGCAAAGGCGGCGUUUCCGUCGUGGUCCGCCAUGGGGGCGGCCAAGCGCGCCGUUCACCUGAAGAAGCUCGCUGCCUUGCUCCGUGAGAACAAGGAUGAGCUGGCGCGUCUCGACGCCAUCGCCAUGGGCAUGCCCGUGGCAACCCACCACUACGCCCACACGGCCGCUACCCACUUCGACUACUACUCGGAAGCAUGGGCCACGAUCCAGGGGCAGGCCAGCGUCAACACGCCCGGAUUCGUGACCAUGACGCUCCGGCAACCGUACGGCGUGGUGGCCCUCAUCAUCCCCUGGAACGUGCCCUGUCACUUCCUGGCCACCAAGUCUGCGCCCGCCCUCAUCACGGGCAACACAGUGGUGCUCAAGUCGAGCGAGAAAGCUCCGUUAGCCGUCGCCCGCAUUGCCGAGCUCGUUGUCGAAGCCGGUUUCCCGCCCGGCGUCUUCAACAUCAUCUCAGGCCACGGAGUGCCCUCAGGCCAGAUCCUCUCGCGGCACAUGGACGUGAGGGCUCUGAGCUUUACGGGCUCCAGUCGCACCGGCAAGCUCAUCCAGGAGGAGGCCGCGCGCACCAACCUUAAAAAGGUCAUUCUCGAGCUUGGCGGCAAGUCGCCAGCCCUCGUGUUCGAGGACGCUAACCUCGACAAGGCUGUGGCGCAGACCCAGUUCAGCAUCCAGACCAACAGCGGGCAGGUGUGCAUGGCCAACUCGCGCAUCUACGUGCAGAAGAGCAUCGCGCCGCAGUUCAUCGAGGCCUUCAAGACAAAGUUUGCCGGAGCGGCCCGUGCCGGGAACCCUCUUGACAGGGACACCAACCACGGUCCGCAGGCCGACGAGGUGCAGUACCGCAACGUGCUGAAUUACAUCGAGGAGGGCAAGAAGACGGGCACGCUGGCCCUGGGCGGCAACGGCAAGCUCGAGAGUACUAACGGCUUCUUUGUUGAGCCGACCGUGUUCCUGGACACGCCCGAGACGGCGCGCAUCACCAAGGAGGAGGUGUUUGGUCCGGUCGUCAUCAUCAAUACGUUCGAGACCGAGGCGGAGGCCAUUGCCAAGGCCAACGAUACCGAGUUUGGCUUGUAUGCGGCCGUGUACACGCGUGAUGUCAACCGGGCGAUGCGUGUUGCGAAGGCGUUGGAGAGCGGGUAUGUUGGUAUCAACUGCACUAGCCCCAUGACGGCCCAUGACCUGCCGUUUGGCGGGUACAAGAGCAGUGGCCAGGGGCGCGAGGGUCUUCUUUACAGCAUGAACAACUUCUUAGAGACCAAGAGUGUCAUAAUGCAGAUAGAUGAGGAGUAGCCUAAGGUAGAUAACUACAUGGCAGUGCAUGUCCAAGUCGGACUGGAUUGCCAGCAGAGUGCCCUUGUUUUUGAAUAUCUAGACGACAUCCACACUAC